GCCCCGCCUCCGACGAUACCAGCAGCAGCACCCAUGUCGUCUUCCUCCUCGCCUACGCAAUCCACGUCUCAUCCUAUUACUACGUCCGCUCCCCCAGCACCACCAGUACACCCCUUCGCAAACGCUCGCGAUGCAACCUACGCCCCACCGAACGUUCGAAACUUCGCAACUCCGCCGAAGCCCUCGAACGACAAGGGCAAGGAACCAGCGUACAAGACCAUCGUCCCUGUCAUCCAGCCGAAGCUCGCCGAAGAAAUCUUCCAGCGUUCGAUGAAGUCGCAGUUCGUCACGCUGACCCCAGAAGAGUUGCUUUCGAUCGCGCCGGACGUUCGAAACAAGUACCGCGACGCCGUCACCCCUAAGCGAGUCUCGACGGAACCCAUCGCGUCGGCCCACAUCGUAGAAAUCGGCGCCGACGAGGUCACGGCCGUCAACCAGCUCUCGUGUUCGGGCGCAACGUUGGAACCAGGUGCUACAAUUGUCCCCGACCCCUAUGAAACAUAUCUGAAGCACAUCCCUCACGGCGAGCACCCCGCAGAAUUCACCGUCGCACGCGAUUCGAACGCGAUUCGUUCGAUCAUCGCGUUAAUCGACAACAAAGAGCAGAUCGAAUGCAUCGUCGACCCAGGAUCGCAGAUCGUCGCCAUGUCGGAAGAGGUCUGUCUGGGCCUCAACCUCCUCUUCGAUCCUACUAUCCAGCUGAACAUGCAAUCGGCGAACGGCGAGGUGGACCGAUCGCUAGGACUCAUUCGAAAUGUUCCAUUCCGCAUCGCGUACGACAUCCUCCUCGGCCGACCCUUCGACGUGCUCACGCAGAGCGUCGUCAAGAAUUUCGCCGACGAGAACCAGACCAUUACGAUCCUCUGUCCGAACACCGGCGAAACCGAAGAUCGCGAAGCCGGAAGCAUCCUCCCGGGUGUCGCAAAUCGCAUUUUCUAG